AUAUUUUAUCCCGCCCAGCGUGGUCCUACUGAUUGUGAAAUCCGCGUUGAUAACGAAUUUUAACACAAGCAUAAUAAGGAUUCCAUCACAAUGCAAAAAGUGUUGGGACGAAUCCAGGCGCAGGUGCUGCGCUCGCGGGCCACAAAUGCAGUGACUACAGUAGUCAGGUACGAAGCCACCUCCUCCGCGACAGCCGCAAAACCGGCCGCCACAUCGAAAGAAUUCCGGGAGAGGCAGGUGCGGUUCAACAUCAAAAACGAACAGACCGAGGGAAGACCACUGUACCUGGAUGCCCAGGCCACAACGCCGAUGGAUCCACGUGUGCUGGACGCCAUGCUCCCCUUCCUGACGAAUUACUACGGGAAUCCCCACUCCCGCACCCACGCCUACGGCUGGGAAACGGAGUCUGCGGUGGAGAAGGCUCGCGAGCAGGUGGCAACCUUGAUCGGCGCCGACCCCAAGGAGAUCAUCUUCACAUCCGGCGCCACCGAGUCAAAUAAUAUAUCUGUGAAAGGGGUGGCCCGGUUCUACGGCACCAAGAAGCGGCAUGUGAUCACCACCCAGACGGAGCACAAGUGCGUUCUAGACUCUUGCCGGGCUCUGGAGAACGAGGGUUUCAAAGUCACCUACCUGCCUGUGCUGGCCAACGGACUUAUUGACCUCCAGCAGCUGGAGGAGACCAUCACGCCGGAGACGUCGCUGGUGUCCAUCAUGACGGUGAACAAUGAGAUUGGCGUCAGACAGCCCAUCGAUGAGAUCGGCAAGUUGUGCCGCUCCCGCAAAGUAUUCUUCCACACGGACGCCGCCCAGGCGGUGGGCAAGAUCCCGCUGGACGUGAACGCCAUGAACAUUGAUCUUAUGUCCAUAUCGGGCCACAAGAUCUACGGGCCGAAGGGUGUGGGCGCCCUCUAUGUGCGUCGUAGGCCCAGGGUUCGCCUGGAGCCCAUUCAAAGCGGCGGCGGACAGGAGCGUGGCUUGAGGAGCGGAACGGUUCCAGCACCGCUGGCCGUAGGAUUGGGAGCUGCUGCAGAACUGGCUAUGCAGGAGAUGGACUACGACAAGAAGUGGGUGGACUUUCUCUCCAAUCGCCUGCUGGACAGGAUUACGAGUGCCUUGCCGCAUGUCAUUAGAAAUGGUGAUGCCACAGCCACAUACAAUGGCUGCCUGAAUUUGUCAUUUGCUUACGUCGAGGGCGAGUCCCUACUGAUGGCUCUCAAGGAUGUGGCUCUGAGCAGUGGAUCAGCCUGCACCUCCGCCUCCCUGGAGCCCUCCUACGUGCUGCGCGCAAUUGGCACAGACGAGGACCUGGCCCACAGCUCCAUUCGAUUCGGCAUCGGCCGCUUUACCACAAUGGAGGAGGUCGACUACACCGCAGACAAGUGCAUCAAACAUGUGGAGCGUCUGCGCGAGAUGUCCCCUCUGUGGGAGAUGGUCCAGGAGGGCAUCGACCUAAAGACCAUUCAGUGGUCGCAGCACUAAUAAAUAAUAUGUAAGCCGUUACUGUUACACCACACUUUAAAAGCGAUGGAAAAAUAAAUUAGUUGGAAGAGUA